CCCUCCCUUCUUAAAAAAAGAAACCUUAAAAAUCACAAUGAACAAGCUUUACAUCGGAAACCUGAGUGAAAGCGUGACUGUGCCAGAGUUAGAAACUAUCUUCAAUGACUGGAAGAUUCCUUUUUCUGGGCAAUUUCUACUAAAAACUGGUUAUGCCUUUGUAGACUGUCCAGAUGAAAACUGGGCAAUGAAAGCCAUCGAUACCUUAUCCGGUAAAGUGGAGCUCCAUGGGAAACACAUAGAAGUGGAACACUCAGUGCCCAAGAGGCAGAGGAGUCGCAAGAUCCAGAUCCGGAACAUUCCACCACAUAUGCAGUGGGAGGUAUUGGAUGGAUUGCUCGCCCAACAUGGAGCUGUGGAAAAUUGUGAGCAAGUUAAUACAGAAACUGAGUCGGCAGUGGUGAAUGUCACAUAUGGAACCAAGGACCAAGCCAGACAAGCAAUAACCAAGCUGAAUGGCUACCAGCUGGAGAACUACAGCUUGACAGUCACCUACAUCCCCGAUGAGCAGGCAGUGCAACAAGGCCAGGAGGCAGGUCGCAGAGGGUUCAGUGGGAGAGGCCCUCCUCAGCAAGGCUCAGCAGCACCCACAAAGCAGCAAUUUGACAUUCCUCUGCGAAUCCUGGUUCCAACCCAGUUUGUGGGAGCCAUCAUUGGAAAAGAAGGAGCCACCAUUCGGAACAUCACUAAACAAACACAAUCCAAGAUUGACGUCCAUCGGAAAGAGAAUGCAGGUGCAGCAGAGAAGCCAAUCAGCAUUCACUCAACAGCCGAGGGCUGCUCUGCUGCCUGUAAGAUGAUCCUGGAGAUUAUGCACCAGGAAGCACAGGCAACCAAAACAGCUGAAGAGGUUCCAUUGAAGAUUUUGGCGCAUAAUAACUUUGUUGGCAGGCUGAUUGGGAAGGAGGGCCGGAAUCUGAAGAAGGUGGAACAGGAUACAGAAACAAAAAUCACAAUCUCUCCCUUGCAGGACCUGACACUCUAUAACCCUGAGAGAACCAUCACAGUGAAAGGUUCCAUUGAAGCUUGCUGCAAGGCUGAGGAAGAUAUCAUGAAAAAAGUGAGAGAAGCUUAUGAGAAUGACAUUGCUGCUAUGAACCUCCAGGCAAACUUGAUUCCUGGCUUGAACCUGAAUGCUCUGGGCUUGUUCCCACCUUCCUCGUCCACCGUCCCCCCUCAUCCUGUAGGGGUGGCACCAGCAACACCUUACGGUCCCUACAUGCAAACCUCAGACCCUGAGACAGUCCACGUCUUCAUCCCGGCUCAGGCAGUAGGGGCCAUUAUCGGAAAGAAAGGGCAGCAUAUCAAACAGCUCUCUCGAUGUGCAGAGGCUUCGAUCAAGAUCGCUCCAGCAGAAAGUCCGGACACCAAACAGCGCAUGGUAAUCAUUACAGGACUACCAGAGGCCCAGUUUAAGGUCCAGGGCCGGAUCCACGGGAAGUUGAAAGAGGAAAAUUUCUUUGGACCCAAGGAAGAAGUCAAACUUGAGACGCACAUUAAAGUUGCUGCCUCGGCUGCUGGCAGAGUGAUAGGCAAAGGAGGGAAAACUGUGAAUGAGCUGCAGAAUCUGUCCAGCGCAGAGGUAGUGGUGCCUCGAGACCAGGUCCCAGAUGAGAAUGACCAAGUUGUUGUCAAGAUCAUUGGUCACUUUUAUGCAAGCCAGCUAGCACAGAGAAAGAUCAGGGAAAUAUUGGCUCAAGUCAAACACCAGCAGCAGCAGAAGGUACAAAGCAACCAGUCCCAGCCUCGAAGGAAGUGAAAGCACCAAAAUGCCCCAGAUACGUCCCAACAAUGAAGAUGCCAGGCCAAAGAUUGGCUGUGUUCAGAUCAACGUUUUGUUCACCUUUAAAACUGUGGAAGGCUAAGUAAACAUCGUGGAUAAAAAUUACAUUAACAGGCACAAUUUGGUGUAAUUUAAGACUUUUUCUACUUGAACUGUGCAAAAGAAAAUUUUGGAUAGCAGGACCUCAAUUCCUUUUGGUGACCAGGCCAAACAUGCUUGCUAGGCAUUGGCUAUGUAUCAUCUGGGAGAUUGGAGAAGCUGUCAUUUUAUAAGUCCCACUUAGAUCCAUGCUGCCAAUCCUGUUAUGGGAUGAUUCCUACCAAUUUUGGGUUUAUGGCUUAUUUCUAAUGACAAUUUAACAUUGCCUGUUAUUAAUAGUAGAAUUACUACAUUAGCGACUUCUGCUAUUAACAACUUUUUGAGAAGGAUCCUCUAAUUUGGUCCUUCCAACAUCCUAGUGGAUUCUACUGUCCUGCCCUCCUAAAACCCACCACUAUUGUCCUCUCACUCUUCUUCCCUGGUUUCAGGGAGGGUUAGACAACUGGCCAGGUUAGGGACAAUGUGACGAGGUGAAUAUGGUUGGGUUUAGAGACCAUGGACAAUGCCAAAAUUGGAUUCCAACAUUGUAUUCUAUUACUCAUCAAGAACAUUGAAAAGACAAGACUGAUUAUGGGAUAUGGGAGGUCAGGAGAGAGAAACAUAAUAUCCAGUGACAAAUUGGCUAAGUAGGCAAACAAUCUCACAGAUAUGAGGACUUGUGAUGACCAUCAGAUCUAACUGUUUGGAUAUAACUGUAGAUGUCUAGGGUUGAGAUUCAUCACUGAAUGCGAGUCAGUUUUUUUCUCUACUGUAGUAAGUAAUUGAAGCAAAUCUAAUGAAUCUCCACACCAUUUAAGUCCAAAGAACCCCAAAGCAUUUGUUCAUUUGCUGCUAAACAGAAAGGUUUCGAUUACAAAGUGAUGGGUAAAAUAUCAUACAUUAAAAAAGAAAAUAAAAGGCCACAUGACUUACUGUAAGGAUGAUAGAGCCUUUUCUAUGUCACAUAAUGUUAUGUUGUGAUCUAUACGAGCGACCCAUAAGUAAAAAUGUAUCCCUACUUAAGGUUUAUGGCCUUUUAGAAGGUUAGAAAUAUUCUCACAGUAGGUAUAAAGUUUCCAUUAAGGUCAAAUCUUUAUUGUGUGACGUGUAAUACACGGGGUAAGGAAGCACCAAAUGAAAAAUAAGUGGCAUUGGAAGGUGUAUGUGACAUACAGAACUGUGUGCAGAGCUUUUCCAUUGGAACAACUAGCUGCUAGGAGCCAAUCAGAAGUAUUCCUAGCAUUGCACUUUGGUAUUUUGGUUUUAAUUUGACCCAGAUAGUAAGUGGCUAGACUUAUGGAAGUAUCUAUAAGGUUGGCGUCUGUGUUUGAGUUCUGGGUGGGUGGGUUAAGUAGGGGAGAUGAAUAGUUUGAGAACAUAAAUCAGCCAGUAUAUGUUGCUAGCUACAUCCUGUAAAUAGAGAAUUAAGGCCCUGUUAUAUUUCAGUUGGAGAAGAGUUGAGCUUUCCUUGAGCAUAACUCUGGAGUCUUGUUUUACAAGAAAACUCCCUAAAGUCUUUGGAGUCGUACCCUUGUUUUCUCCCCAUCUUAAAUGUUUGACCUUAAUGGAACCUUCUGAAAAACAUUGGGAAAUGGUUUAAGAUGCAACGUUUACAAAUGCUUCCUGUGGGUAAUUAUUGUUCAACGAUCUCUAAAAGGGGUUUUGGGACUAGGUACAAUGCACCAACAGGUACAUUGCAUUCUUUCUCCUCCUCCUCUUCUACCACCCUAAUGAGAGGAUGCUGUGAACCGGUUGAACUUUGCUGAUUGGCUGAGUACAUUGUGGGAAUGGGCAGGAGCAUUGGAAUAUUGGAACAGGACGCAGAGAGUGAUGAAUCUUCAUUUGAGCUAAACCGUUAUUGAUUUGUCUACUUUUAUUUAAGCCUUCCACAGUGUUAAAACUCUAGAAAAUUGUGUAUUCUUGCCAAAUAUUAAAUGAACUGUGAUGAUUGAUAAGGUAAUGCCAACCCUGUGUGGUAUUAACUUAAAAUUUAUUCUGCUUUCUUGAACUAAGAACUUAUGAACAAAUUCCUUCUGAGUGGCCAAGAUUUCAGCGUGGUGUUUUCCGUGUAACAGUUGUGCCACCUUCUUGUGCCAGAGAGAGUUACAGUUGGAACCUCAUGUGGUGGACACAAAUCUGUUUUGAUUUUAUCUCUUGUUUUUUUUUCCAACACUGGUAUUUGUUGUAAAGGAAAGAAAGUGGAAAGGAAAUAAGAGUCCCACGUGUGAGGAGCAUGAUAUUCACUGAAAGAGAUUAAAAUAAGCGAAUAGCUGAAAGAGAGGGAAAAAAAAAAAGCAGCUUUGAUAUCUGGUCCAGUCCCUUUACCAGGAAAGAUUUGUGUUUUUUUUUAAUUAAUUGAGUUAUGAAAAUUAAAAUUGAGAGAGAGAAAGAGAAAACAUAACACUGCUAAGGAACACCGAAGGAAGUAUAUUCAGCAGUGAUGGUCCAGGGCAUCACUGUGCGCUUUUACUAGACUACCUCAGGCGUUUAGUACCUCAACAUUUGUUCCUUUUUUGCUUGCUGGUAUUUUAUAUACUUAUAAAGCUGAUAGUCUUGAAUAUUUUAUUUUUUUAAUAAAAGAAAGUAAAAUUUGCUGAGUUACAUACAACAGCCGGGAAAUGUGUGGUGUGGGCUGUUAGUUUUGCCCCUGUUUCUAGUCGGUGGAAGUGUUUAAAUAUUAAAAAAAAAUUAAAAAUUACAGCAACUGCCUCAGAUCUGAGGUACAGAGGUGCCACAUUGGGAACAAUUUGCAUUUUUACAUAUUUAAAAGCAGUUGUGAUGAUGCAGUUAAAUGCCACGAUUUCUAUUUUAAGACGUUGAAAAUCACAUCUAAUGAUUUUUCAGUUAGCGCUGUGUAAAAGGCUUGGAUUUCUUAUACUAACCCAGAUUCAUUAGACUUUGUCACUAUUAUUAUGUUAGCUACUUUUAAUAUAUAUAACGGAUAUACCUGUAAUAUGUUAAAGCCUUAUCACUGCAUGCAACUUUUUCAAUAUUACUUCCUAUGCCCACGUUUAUAAUGGAAGCAAGCCAUGUGAACUGUGUCACACUGAAACUACUCCCUCCUGCCUGUGGACAAGAUGUUUGACUUUAGAAUAGGACUGAUUCACCUCUGCAUGCCUGGACUAGUAAUCUGCCAACCUCUACUUCAAUCUGCCGCACCUUAUUCUUUAUCCCUGUGCCCUUGUCCCACCUCAUCCCUCUGCACGGUUGUGACUCUCUGUGCACAAAACUAAUAUCUCAACACAACAGAAUAUCAAAGAGGGAUUCAUGCAAUCUUUUGUUGUUAUAUAUUUAUCUUUUACCUCCUGCUCUCCCACCGUAAGUUUCAUUAUUCUUCUAAACGUAUUUAUUUCAAACACGCGUUUUCAAAGUUUGUUCACUAUUUGAAGCUCCGCAGAUUAUACUUUGAACUUUUGGUUAAUCUUAAAAAAAUAAUAAUUUAUUAGUACUUCUUGGAAAUUAUUUCUUAACUUUCUAAUUUUUCAGUCGCGUCCACAACUGUGAAAAUACAAAACAAGGAAUUUAUCAGAAAGGCACCAAGUAAUCAAGCUUCCCUCCAAACUCGUCCCAACAACUAAGAUGGACAAUUUUGUACCAAAUUGGCAAAGGGCAAUUUAGGGCAACGGAUGGUGAUAGUUUUGAUAUAGAAUAAAAGCAGCAUGACCAGUUAGUCAGGAUCUACACUUUCAUGAGAACUAUUACUUAGAGAGGUGGCAGGCUACAGAACUGAAAGAUUUCAAUGUGCAGCUUUUGCUGAGGGAGAAGUGUUAAACAGUGAAAUAAGCCUCACUCAAGGGCAAGUAGGGGUGGACAAUAAAUGCUGGUCUGGCCAGCGAUGCCUCCAUCCCAUAAACAAAUAAAAAAAACUGCUGGGACAUACUCAUAGGGAAGAUAACACUAAACUCUAAUGCCUCCUCCCAUUGAUUUAAUUAGCAUGGAUUGAAUUCCCUACUCCAUCCCAGAUACAGAUCCUAAAAUCUCUUUUGAUAUCGACAACCCAGCUCCCUCUGCCUGCAGAAAAAAGAUAAAGACAGAAUGACCUCUACAUACUCUUUCUCACACACACACACACACACACACACACUCACUCACACUCACACAUACGCAAACUGUGUACAUAACGCAUGCAAUCUGCAGUCUCUUUAAAAUAAAACUGCUUUUAAUUUUAUUUCUUUGCAUGACUAGUCUGGGAAAAAUCCAAGUUUUUUGCACAUGCCACCUGCUUUUAAUAAGUACUUCAUGUGGGAACAAAGACUAGAUUCUGAAAGUGGCUACAUUUGUACAAAGCCCGUUCAACCAUUGCUGUAUUUUUUUUUCAGGUUAAGGCAUUGGCCUCUAUACUUCCCUUCCUUUUAAUUACUUAAAUCGUGAAACAGCCUAUUCAGACUUCGGCCUAUUUUUUAUUUGUUUUUUUUUGAUCCUACAGCAAGCAUCAUCUCACCGACACCUUGAGCCUUUUUAUACCUUGAAGCUACAGUGUUGGCAAUCGACACUUGCAGUGGAUUGCUUAUUACUAUUGACAGUCCUGCCAUAGACACAGUCUGCCUGGAUACUUGGAUCCGAUUGGCUCCUCCCUCAGUGCUCCAUGUUAUCCGAUUUGCUCUAUAGGUUAGAUAAUUUUCCAUGGGGAUAUUUAUGUUUGAGAUCCAUAAUAUUAAGGGGCUUUUAUGGAAUGCAGGGAAUUAAUGAUCUUAAAGGUCAGCAAAGUGCCAGUUAAAAAUAUUCUAGUAGGUCAAUUUGCUUUAGGGGCAGGUGCACGUUACAAACUCUCAAUCCUCAAAUACAGACCAAAAAUUCUAGAAAUACAGUGCAGAAUGUCAGCAUCCAACAGGAAAAAAUACAAUUUAACGUUUUGCAUACAGAAGUACAUUGGGGAAGUAGGUGAGAUUUCUUAAAGGACGAGGACUUGUGUCUUUGGGACCUUGCCUAAUUUCCCUUUCCAAUUUUGAUGAAGGAUCUCUAUCGAAGUUAUUAAUCUAUUUUUUACCUUGCAGAAAAUGAUGGAUCUGCCCUGUGUUUCCAACAUUAUCUGCUCUAAAUUUCCAAUUCACACUUUGUACUAUUUUCUAUUGUGCUUUGAACAUCCGUGACAGACAAUAAGAUGGAACGAGGGAGCUAGAUUCACCUCUUUGUCAUAGUAUGGGAUUAUUUUGGAAUUAGUUGCCUGCAGUAAAGUUUGGUGCCAAAGAAUGGCCCCACAUAUUGAUUAGAGCUUAGAACCUCAGUGGUUAAUAUGAGGAUGGCUAUCAGAUUGGUGCUUGUAUACCUCAAAGUGCAACUUCACUGGAGAGUCUUAGAUUCCAAAUUGAUGUUUGAUUUUACAUUACAGAUUUAAUACUGUGAACAAUUGAAGUUCUGUGCUGGAGUGAAUGAGCCUGCAUUGCAGCCCAAACUUGCGGUAUAGCUCCAUAAUGCAAAAUUGAAUCAUUCAGCACCUAAACUGGCUCUGACCUGCUUGGCUUAAAACCUGUCCAUUGUCCACAUCUAAACUGUGGUCAAUGGAUUCGAGUGUUGGAAGGACCAGAGUCCCUGAGUCAAAGCUGACAGUUCAGAAGGCAUCACUUCAGCUUGUUGUCCAUAACUUUUUGUCUACCUGUGUAGUAGUUGCUACAGAAGUAAAAGGCCUGUGGCUUAACCCACUGCUCCAACCAGCUCCCCUCAAAUAAAAUUUUCCAUAAGACAACCUUCUCUUCAUCUUCUAACUCUUUAAAUCAUUAGACUGCCAGCCUCAUCUCAUGAAAGCAAAAUUUCCUCACUUCAUCUAGCACCGGAAAAGCCAGUGGAGCGCUUGUGGGUUAG